UCACUCGCCGAAAUCAUGCGCACACCAAUCUUUUCUGUAUUGUUGCUUUUUGGCUCAGCUUUUGCUACAGCCAUUCCUUCCCUGGUCCAUAGUCUUCCUUCGGACCUAAUCGAUAAACGUCAGUCAAAAGGUCGCUGCGCCGAUUAUGGAGCUGCAAGUAACAAGCCUACGCCCGAUGCCCUGAUUCAGAAGCCAGCAGAUGGCACAUGCUGUGGAUCACCCGAUUCACCCCAACCGAAACCCUUCGUUAAGUACACAUGGACUAUCACCGAAGGUUUUGUCACGGUACUUGGAGAAUGCAAGUUCAUGCAUAUAGUCAACGAUGCGUGGCCACCACCCCAGAUUGUCGUGAACAAAGGAACUGUCAUUAGACUCGAAGUGAUCAAUCGUUUAGCGACCGAUCCUAUUACUCUACACGCUCAUGGACUCGACCAGAAGAACACUCAGUGGAUGGAUGGUCCCGAGAGUCUUGUACAAAGGGGUAUCCCACCCGGUAGGAAGUUCGUCUACGAGUACGAUACCUCCAAAGAGUCGGCGGGUACUUAUUGGAUUCACAACCACGUAGCCGGACAAUAUCCAAAAGGUCUUCGUGCGCCGCUUAUCAUCCUGGAUCAAAAUCGGCAAAUUGAAGCCAACAACUGGAAGAAAAGUACAAGCGACGAGAAUGUCUGGGACGGAAAUAUGGAUAACAUACUUUCGUUGAGUGAUUGGUUCUCUCAAGACUGGGGCAAAUGGGAGGGUCUCUAUCAGGAAGGAAAAUGUGGGAAGGGAGUUGAAGUACCCCCAGUUGAUUUUCUCGUCAACGAUCUUCGCGCAGAUAAAGACAAUACUCAGACAUACGAUUUCCGCACAUCGAAAACGAAUCCAAAAUCGGGUCGCGUAAGACUGAUCAACAUGUCUGCUUUCACUACAUUUUACGUAUACAUGGCCCCCACGCAAUCUAGCGGCAUUUCUUCGAUGAAGUUGAAAGUCAUCGAAGCGGACGGGGUGCUCAUGGAUGGCAAUCAAGUUUCCCAAGUCGUUGAAAUCGCGCCUGGCCAGCGGCUCUCAGUACUUGUUGAUCCAGAGAACUGGGCAAUUGGGGAAGCGCAACCAAACAAGUAUCGAAUGGUCAUCACAGUCAACCCGUAUGAGUGGCGCCACACGCAGAUUAAAUCGAAAAGCGGAGACGCCAACGUCGACCCUAAAUGCUAUGAAGGGCCCAACGAUGUAGAAUAUCUGAAAACCAAACUACCGGUUCAUCAUAUCGACAUCAUGAUGGGAGAGCGCAAAGACGGUGAUCCUCAACUCGGCCCGGCUCCCACCUUCUACGACAAGUACAGGGUCCUCGAAGACACUAAUAGCAAAACAUACCGCGCUUGUUUUAUUGGCGUGGGAAAAGGCGACUGCACAAAUGAUUCCCAAUAUCCGAUCUCUACAAACUUUGCAGACUUUGACGACAUGGAUUUGAAACCGCUGGUACCCGGAAAUGUACAGAUGCCGACUGAUCAAGCUGCCCGGUACUUGAUUGAGACAUGGGAAGACCAAAGCGGGACGAGGCGUGCGAACCUGCGUGUGAUUCGGUCUGACCAGCAGAGCGAUAUCUCCAAUAGUCAACGGUACGAUUUCUUCGCGCCUCAGGAUACUCCUGCCAUAGAGCUCAUCAGAACGGGCAAGAGAACAUAUGCGGAUUUCGCUCCCUGGAAACAUACAAUGAUUGUGCCUGACAACCAGGACUCCUACAUUGUUGCGCUGUACUCUUGGACGGGAACACACCCGAUUCAUCUCCACGGCCAUAAAUUCCGCGUCCUCUACCGCGAGCGGCAGCAAACCACUUCGGAAGUAGCGAACUCCAUCACCCUCCCAGACAGAUUAAAGAAAAUCUUUACCUUUGACAUGACCAGCGCCAAUCCUCUGCGUUCCCUCGAUAACACGGCCGUCACACUCAAGCAAAACCCACUUCAGCGCGAUACCAUUACUUUAUACAAAUUCGGACUCGUUGUGCUGCAGAUCGAGGCUGAUAACCCUGGAGCUUGGUUCCUGCAUUGCCAUAAUGAUUUCCACGCGCAUACGGGCAUGGCAUCGAUGGUUAUUGAAAAGCCGGAUGCGAUGAAAGCGCGAUUGGAAGAAAUCCAUAGGUUGAAUGGCAGGGAGGUCGAUGAUUACCGGAAGCUGGUGAAUGGUAAUGCAUUUGACCCGGCUUAG